CGCUGUGGCUUAAUUGCACUUAAUGAGCCUGAUGAGGCCGGCUGCCAGCGAGGGCUUUGCCAGGGCUCGGAUCUGCCCGUGAGAACUGCAAGGGCGUGGUGGCAGCCGCGCCCGGCACCGGGGAUCCGAGAGCUCCGGGGCCGCGGGGCCGCUCUUCCCACGGCCUCGGUGGCCACGGGGACCCCGAGGAUCCACAGGGACACGAUGCCAUCCGUGGCUGCCGUGACGCCGUGCACCUCCCCGCGGGUGCCCCAGGCCGUCCCCAUGGACCUGCGGAUCGGGCAGCGCGUGGUCAAGCCCCAGGACACGGCGCUGCUGGCCCUGAAGCAGCAGCAGCUGCAGCACCAGCUCUUCCUGGCCAGCCUGCACCAGCAGCAAGUGGAGCAGCUCGCCCACCAGCACGUCAGGGUGGCCAUGGAGUCCCCACACCGCGAGGCUGAGCCGGGCCAGCAGGAGCAGGAGCUGCGGCAGAUCCUCAACAAGGACAAGAGCAAGCGCAGUGCCGUGGCCAGCACGGUGGUGAAGCAGAAGCUGGCCGAGGUCAUCUUGAAGAAGCAGCAGGCGGCUCUGGAGAGGACCAGCAACCCCCCCGCUGCAGCCCUGCCCUACAGGUCUCUGGAGCCCCUGGAGCCCGAGGGUCCCUCCCCUGCCAUGCUCAGCACGUUCCUGUCCCCCGUGCCCAGCGCUGCUCUCGACACCCCCGAGCAUUUUCCACUGCGGAAAACAGUGUCCGAGCCCAACCUGAAGGUUCGGUGCAAGCCCAGGAAGUGCCUGGACCGGCGCAAGAACCCCCUGACCCGCAAGGAGAGCGCGCCCCCCUCGCUGAAGAGGCGCCCGCCCGACGCCAUCGACUCAUCCCCCAGCAGCAGCAGCACCCCCGUGUCGGGCUGCAGCUCUCCCAACGACAGCCUGCCCGCCGAGCACGCCGCACUGCCCGCCGCCCCGGGCGUGGCCCACGAGGCGCCGCUGGCGCAGCGGCUGCUGCUGCAGGAGAGCUCCCUGGCGCAGUUUGCCCUGCAGAGCGCGGCCUCCCUGCCGGCCAUCACCCUGGGGCUGCCGGCCACCACCGGCACCAGGGCCGAUGCCGAGCGCCGGGCGCUGCCCGGCCUGGCUCACCGGGUGCCGGUGCUCAACGGGCCGGUGCUGCCGGGCGCGCACCCGCCCGUCUUCAUCCCGGCCGGCCUGGAGCAGCGCGAGCCCGGCAGCCCCCUGUCCCCGCGGCUGCAGCCCGUCAUCAUCCUCGAGCCCUCGGUCACCCACGCGCCGCUGGUGGCGGUGCCGGGCCUGGGCGCCGUGCCGCUGCCGCUGGUGCCCGCCGAGCGGCUGGCGCUGCCCGGGCAGCACAAACCGCUGGGCAGGACGCGCUCGGAGCCGCUGCCGCCCAGCCCCAGCGCCGCGCAGCAGCACCUGCUCUUCCAGCAGCACUUCCUCGAGAGGCUGCGGCAGCAGACGCACCUGGGCAAGCGCAUGGCCAAGUCCAGCGAGAAGCCCCGGCUGCGGCAGAUCCCGUCCUCGGAGGACAUGGAGGCCGAGGGGACCCUCCCGGAGGGGACCCUCCCGGAGGGGGACCCCAGCAGGGCGCGGCUGGAGCCCCCCCGGCCCGGCAGCAGCGGGAAGGAGCCCGAGAGGACGCAGAAGAUGGGGCAGCCCCCGGAGGAGCUGGUCCUGCAGCAGGCCUUCCUGUGGGACUCCUUCCAGCGGGUGCAGCAGCAGCUCCUCAAGCGCCAGCCCUUGGCCGACCCCCCCGUGCUCCCCCCCGGCCACCGGCCGCUGUCCAGGGCUCAGUCGUCCCCAGCCACGGCCACCGUGUCCCUCCCUGCCCAGGACACCAAGGCGCUGGCCCUGCCCGUGCAGGAGCAGCCGCCCAAGCCACACUUCACCACAGGGCUGGUUUACGACUCGGUGAUGCUGAAGCACCAGUGCUCCUGCGGGGACAACAGCAACCACCCCGAGCACGCCGGCAGGAUCCAGAGCAUCUGGUCCCGCCUGCAGGAGCGGGGCCUGCGCAGCCGCUGCGAGUGCCUGCGGGGCCGCAAGGCCACCCUGGAGGAGCUGCAGUGCGUGCACAGCGAGCGCCACGUGCUGCUCUACGGCACCAACCCCCUCAACCGCCUCAAACUGGACAACGGCAAGCUGGCAGGGAUCCUGUCCCAGAGGACGUUUGUGAUGCUGCCCUGCGGAGGGGUGGGGGUGGACAGUGACACCAUCUGGAACGAGCUGCACUCGUCCAACGCCGCGCGCUGGGCCGCGGGCAGCGUCACCGAGCUGGCCUUCAAGGUGGCCACCAGGGAGCUGAAGAACGGCUUCGCCGUGGUGCGGCCGCCCGGACACCACGCGGAUCCUUCCACGGCCAUGGGAUUCUGCUUCUUUAACUCGGUGGCCAUCGCUGCCAGGCAGCUGCAGCAGAAGGGGAAGCUCAGCAAGAUCCUCAUCGUGGACUGGGACGUUCACCACGGCAACGGGACCCAGCAGAUUUUCUACAGGGACCCCGAGGUUCUCUACAUCUCCCUGCACCGCCACGACGACGGCAACUUCUUCCCGGGCAGCGGCGCUGCCGACGAGGUGGGAGGGGACCCCGGGGACCGAGGGGACAGCAGGGCACAGGAGGGCACAGCAGGACACAGCAGGGUACAGCGGGGCACAGCGGGGACCGUGGUGAUGCCCAUUGCCCACGAGUUCUGCCCCGACGUGGUGCUGGUGUCGGCCGGCUUCGACGCAGCCGAGGGCCACCCGCCCCCCCUGGGGGGCUACAAAGUCUCUGCCAAGUGUAAGGAGGUGGCUCGGGGUGGGGUGUCCCCCUUGGGGUGGGGUGUCCCCCCUUGGGGACAGGGUCCUGGGACACCACUGUCCUUGUCUAUCCCUGUCCUUGUCUAUCCCUGUCCUGGGCUAUCCCUGUCCUGGGCUAUCCCUGUCCUUGGCUAUCCCUGUCCUGGGCUGUCCCUGUCCUGGGCUGUCCCAGGCUGUCCCUGUCCCAGGCCAGCCCCUGUCCUGGUGUCCCCAGCCCCGUUGUCCCCUCCCACAGGCAGAUACUGGGUGGCCGUGCAGCGCUUCGCCUCCAAGCUGGGCUGCUCCUUCCUCGAGGCUCAGCACCACGAGGCCGACGAGGUGGAGACGGUGACGGCCCUGGCGUCCCUCUCGGUGGCCGUGAUGGUGGAGAAGAGGGCACAGGAGGAGCCCAUGGAGCAGGAGGAGCCCAUGAACCAGUGACACUUGGGGACGGUCCCCGGCGUGGCCGGAGCCCCCGAAGACCCCGAUCCCGUUUGUCCCCCUCGCUCCCGAGGCCCUGGGCGGGCCUGGACUCCUGGAAGGGACAUUCCCGAAUCCAACGGGACGGGACCACGGAGAGCCCCGAGCCCAGACUGUGCCCACAGCCCCCCUCCAAUUUUGGGACCCCUCAAGGGGGGUGAAACCCCCCAGCCCUGCGGCAC